AUGGUGUUCAAGGGGAGAUUUUUUUCUUCUAAAAAGUCAGAUACUUCUAGCCCAGAUGGAUCCUCCAACAGUCCUCGAUCUUUCGGGUCUAACUCCAAUUCCCCGAUCCGAUCCGAUAAGAAGAAGCCUAAGUCAUCUUCACCAUCCAUUUCCAAAGACAAAUCCUCAAGCACCCCAACCACCAGCUUCAGCAAAAAUCAAAUUAACAAAAAGGACUUUAAAGGGAAAGAUGCACAGAAUGUAAGUAAGCACAGUUCUGGAAUCUCGUCUUCAUUUGCUCCUUCCAAGUUGAAAAAACCAGAAGAGGCUGCGGGGCCGGGGCCCACCCCUGUGUCUGUGUCGCCGAUAGUUGCAUCGUCGCUGGGGUUGAACAAGAUAAAGACACGAUCGGGGCCAUUGCCGCAGGAGAGUUUAUUUAGUUUUAAUAGUAGAGAAAAGGGGUUUGCUUUAGGUUCCAGUAACUUGUCAAAGCCACGUGGCCCUGGUGUUGUUGGUGGCGGUGGUGGUAGUGGUAGUGACGGGGUUUCUGGCGGGAGGAAGGAGAAAUCAUUCGUGGAGAAUGCUGAUAAUGGGAGCAAUUUGGAUACUCUGUCAAAUGAGAACGGGCGGCCAUGGGACCGGACCCCAAAUGUAGUCAAGGCUCAGGCCAGGUCCCGGCUCCAAAAUGGGGAAUCAUCUUCUGGAGCUGCUAGGCGUUUCGAUUCAUCAUGGCGUCAUUCUGGAGAACUUAGGAGUUCGAAUAUAUGUACUCCAGAAAUGAAGACAUCAUAUGAAUGUGAAAACCCGAAGGAGUCUGAAUCUCCCCGCUUUCAAGCUAUACUUCGAGUUACCAGUGCUCCUAGGAAGAGGUUUCCCGGUGAUAUCAAAAGUUUCUCUCAUGAAUUGAAUUCGAAAGGUGUACGACCUUACCCAUUUUGGAAGCCUCGAGGUUUAAAUAAUUUGGAGGAGGUUUUGACUAUGAUACGGACAAAAUUUGACAAAGCAAAGGAAGAAGUGGAUUCAGAUCUGCAUAUUUUUGCUGCAGAUCUGGUUGGAACUCUGGAAAAAAAUGCAGAAAGCCAUCCAGAAUGGCAGGAAACUUUAGAGGACUUACUGGUUUUGGCUCGGAGCUGUGUCAUGAUGUCUCCUGGAGAAUUUUGGCUUCAGUGCGAAGGCAUAGUUCAAGAUUUGGAUGAUAGGCGUCAGGAACUUCCUAUGGGCAUGCUAAAGAAGCUUCAUACUCGAAUGCUUUUUAUACUCACUAGGUGCACAAGAUUGUUGCAGUUUCACAAGGAAAGUGGGUUGGCUGAAGACGAACCUGUUUUUCAGCUCCGGCAAUCACUUCAGCCUUCAGAAAAGCGUGUUUCUAUUAAAACGGGGAAGGAUGGGAAGAUUUCUACUGAUGCAAAAUCCUCCCACAUUCCUCCCCCAAGGAAAUUUUAUAGUCAAGAGCAACAUGGCUCGGAGUGGAAGAGAGACCAUGCUGUACAUGAAAAUUUGCAAUCUUCACCUGUUGAAACCACAAAGAGCUUGGAUCCUUCUAUCAGUAGGAAUCGGAUGGCUUCGUGGAAGAAAUUUCCAUCUCCUACUGGAAAGGUACCCAAAGAUGAUAUUGUUGCUUCAGUUAAGGAGGAAUGGAAUGAUAAUAUCGUGGCUUCAGUUAAGGAGGAACAGAAUGAUAAUAUCGUGGAAGCUUCAAAAAUAUUAAGUAACACAAGAGGAUUCCAUGAUGCUGAUCUCACUACUGCUAAAGUUUUUGAGUCUCCUGCAAAAGAUUUUCAUACACAGCCUUCAAUGCCCUCCAAGCACCAACGUAAAGUCUCAUCAGGAAACUGGGGUGAUCAACCAAGUGUUUUUGAUGAAAGUUCAAUAAUUUGUCGCAUUUGUGAGGAGGAGGUACCCACUUUGCACGUGGAAGACCACUCUAGAAUUUGUGCAAUUGCCGAUCGAUGUGAUAAGAAGGGUCUGAGUGUCAAUGAGCGCCUAGUUAGAAUAGCUGAAACUCUUGAGAAGCUGAUGGAGUCGCAUUCGAAGGACUUCCAACAUGUUGGGAGUCCAGGUGGUGCCAAAGUAUCAAAUUCGAGUAUGACCGAAGAAUCCGAUCUUUCUCCAAAACUCAGUGACUGGUCUCACAGAGGCUCAGAAGACAUGCUAGAUUGUUUUCCCGAAGCAGAUAAUUCUGUCUUCAUGGAAGAUAUGAAGGGUUUACCUUCCAUGUCAUGUAAAACUCGCUUUGGUCCAAAGUCUGAUCAAGGAAUGACAACAUCAUCAGCAGGCAGCGUGACUCCUAGGUCACCAUUGAUGACGCCGCAGAUGAGCCAGAUAGACUUGCUUUUGUCAGCGAAAGGUGCUUACUCUGAGCAUGGUGAUCUUCCUCAGAUGAAUGAACUUGCUGAUAUUGCCCGGUGUGUAGCUAGUACCCCCCUGGAUCAUGAUAACUCUUUGUCGUAUCUGCUUUCUUGCCUUGAAGACUUGAAAGUUGUUACCGACCGCAGAAAAUUUGAUGCGCUCACAGUGGAAACUUUUGGAGCACGAAUAGAAAAAUUGAUCAGAGAAAAAUAUUUACAACUGUGUGAAUUAGUCGUCGACAACAAGGUUGACAUCACAAGCACUGUAAUUGACGAAGAUGCUCCUUUAGAAGAUGAUGUUGUACGCAGCUUGCGAACUAGCCCGGUACAUCCCACCAAAGACCGGACCUCAAUAGAUGACUUUGAGAUUAUAAAGCCAAUUAGUCGUGGGGCAUUUGGCCGGGUUUUCUUGGCAAAGAAGAGAACUACAGGGGAUCUGUUUGCAAUCAAGGUGCUUAAAAAGGCAGAUAUGAUCCGUAAGAAUGCAGUUGAGAGUAUUUUGGCCGAAAGGGAUAUAUUGAUCUCAGUUCGCAAUCCUUUUGUGGUUCGCUUCUUCUAUUCGUUCACUUGUCGUGAAAACUUGUAUCUUGUGAUGGAGUACUUGAAUGGUGGAGAUCUUUAUUCAUUGUUGAGAAAUCUAGGUUGUUUAGAUGAAGAUAUUGCUCGUGUAUAUAUAGCUGAAGUUGUGCUUGCUCUGGAGUAUUUGCAUUCUAUGUGUGUGGUUCAUCGUGAUCUCAAGCCUGAUAAUUUGUUGAUUGCACAUGAUGGUCAUAUCAAGUUGACAGAUUUUGGGCUAUCUAAAGUUGGUUUAAUCAACAGCACUGAUGAUUUAUCGGGUCCAGCUGUCAGUGAAACAUCGCUAAUGGAAGAUGAUGAGCAACAAUUGUCUGCAUCUGAGCAUCAGCGGGAAAGGCGUAAGAAACGCUCUGCUGUUGGUACACCUGACUAUUUGGCACCCGAGAUUCUUCUAGGAACUGGGCAUGGCUUUACUGCUGAUUGGUGGUCUGUGGGUAUUAUUCUAUUUGAGUUGAUUGUUGGCAUUCCGCCGUUCAAUGCAGAGCAUCCUCAGAAAAUUUUUGAUAAUAUUCUCAACCGCAAUAUUCCUUGGCCUCGGUUCCCUGAAGAAAUGAGCCAUGAAGCACACGAUUUGAUUGAUCAAUUACUAACAGAAGAUCCUAACCAGAGACUUGGAGCUAGAGGAGCCUCAGAGGUGAAGCAGCAUCCAUAUUUUAGAGAUAUUAACUGGGAUACGCUUGCUAGACAGAAGGCUGCAUUCAUCCCUGCCUCGGAAAGUCCACUGGAUACAAGUUACUUUACAAGCCGUUUCUCUUGGAAUACUGCAGAAGAACAAGUGUACGCAGUUAGUGAAUUUGAAGAUUCUAGUGACAAUGGUAGCAUAAGUGGUAGCAGCAGUUGCCUAAGCAAUCGACAUGAUGAACUGGACGACAAACAUGGAGAUGAAUAUGGCGGUCUCGCAGAAUUUGACUCAGGCUCUGCUAUCAAUUAUUCCUUUAGCAAUUUUUCGUUUAAGAAUCUGUCCCAGCUUGCAUCAAUCAAUUACGAUUUGCUUACGAAGGGUUGGAAAGACGAUUCACCAACAGAUUCAAAUGCCUAA